CUCCUGACGCAGGAGCGUCGCCCUCGCUGAGCUGCCUGGAAACCCCGUGAGGUGUGUGUGUGUGUGAGAGACACGGUCAUUCCGCCAUUAGGUGCCGUGAGGAGGAGGAAGAGGGAAAAUUCGUGAGGGAGAAGACGAAGGAGACGACGACGCGGAGCGGGGACGGUGACCGCAGGACUCGGGACCGGGAUUGUCGUUAUCUCCGGAGACGCGGGCUCUCCACCCACACCCCGGAGCGGACCUGCAGCCGGAGCCGCAUUAUAGGCCGCAGCCCCCCCCCCCCCCCUUCUAUUGUAUCCGCGGCCCCCGGAGGGACUCAUCGCCUGGAAAGGGACUUGUACGGACUGUGAGGACUGGCGGACUGAUUCCACCGGACUACCUGCAGGGGGCGCACGGACUGUAGUGCCCGCUCAGGGCGCUGUUGUUGUGGAGGACUGUGGCCGGGUAGAGAGGGGGGUCUCGGGCCCAUGGCUCGUGUGUCCCCGGCCUCCCCGGUGUGGUGCUGAGCUGUGUGUGUGGUGUGAGGUGUGUGUGUCUGUAUCACUAUAGUGGUGUAGUAACAUGUCGUGUGUGCACUAUAAGUUCUCCUCCAAACUCAACUAUGACACGGUCACCUUCGACGGGCUGCACAUCUCCCUGGCCGACCUGAAGAAGCAGAUCAUGGGCCGGGAGAGGCUGAAGGCGGCCGACUGCGACCUGCAGAUCACCAACGCGCAGACGCAGGAAGAGUACACGGAUGAAACUGCUCUUAUUCCCAAGAAUUCAUCUGUCAUUGUUCGGAGAAUCCCUAUUGGAGGAGUGAAAACUGCAACCAAGACAUAUGUCAUAAGUCGCGCUGAGCCAGUGAGUGGAACAUCGAAAUCAAUUGAUGACGCUUCUGCAUCUAUAUCUCUGGCCCAGCUUGCUAAGACCGCCAAUCUGGCUGAAGCCAAUGCUUCGGAAGAGGAUAAAAUCAGAGCAAUGAUGUCUCAGUCUGGCCAUGACUAUGACCCAAGCAACUACAUGAAGAAGCCUCUGGGGCCGCCGCCUCCGACAUACACUUGCUUUCGAUGUUUAAAGCCCGGUCAUUACAUCAAGAACUGCCCUACAAAUGGGGACAAAAGUUUUGAGUCUGCUCCCAGGAUAAAGAAGAGCACUGGGAUUCCGCGCAGUUUUAUGGUGGAGGUGGAAGAUCCCAAUAUGAAGGGGGCUAUGCUUACAAACACUGGAACAUAUGCCAUACCAACCAUUGAUGCUGUGGCGUAUGCUAUGGGCAAGAAAGAAAAGCCUCCGUUUCUUCCUGACACCCAGUCGUCCUCUUCUGAGGAGGAAGAUCCCAUCCCCGACGAGCUGCUCUGCAUGAUCUGUAAAGAUAUGAUGAGCGAUGCCGUUGUUAUUCCUUGCUGUGGAAACAGCUAUUGUGAUGAAUGUAUUCGCACUUCACUACUGGAAUCAGAGGAGCACACAUGCCCUACUUGUCAUCAGUCGGACGUCUCUCCAGAUAACUUAAUUGCCAAUAAAUUCCUACGUCAGGCUGUGAAUAACUUUAAGAAUGAGACUGGUUAUACAAAGAGAAUUCGUAAGCAACAGGCAUCUUCCCAGCAGCGGCAACAACAGCAAGCAGCUCAACCAGCACGAAACACUCAACAGCCAUCACGUCCAGUGCAGUCUCGCCAGCAAGAUCCUCUUAUAGCACCCACUACUGUAACUACUGCUCCAAAUUCUACACCACAAAGCACUGCUCCUACCACUUCUGCCGCACCCAGCACCGCACAAGCCAACUCACAGCCUCAGCCUGUGGUGCCCCCUGCAGAGCCUGCACUGUCUGUACCUAUCCAAAAGGAGAGGGAGCGAGAGAGGGAUAGAGAACGAGAAAGAGAGCGAGAAAGAGACCGAGAACGCGAAAGAGAGCGAGAACGAGAUAGAGAACGCGAAAGAGAGCGAGAAAGAGAACGAGAAAGAGAACGAGAGAAGCCAGAGUCCUUUCAUCAUGAAAAGCGAAGUGAAGGCUCUCGUGCUACGUCUGCACCUUCUGCUCCAGUCACGUCCAGCAGCUUACCAUUGCCCAACAACCUCCUCCUGGGUGACAAAAGCUUCCAUGUUCCAGUGCUUGGACAGAUGCCACCUUCUAGUCACUGCCUCCCUCCUCCAACUCCACUGAUGAGAGCCAAUAUACCCAGACCUUCUGGACCAAGGCCGCACCUAGGAUGGGAUGGACAUAGCCGUGGCCGUCACCCCCACAGUGAUCGUCCACCAAGAAACCAAGUACCAUCCUUGACAUCCUCGGGUCCUGUAUAUGUUCCACCACCAACACCCCUCUUUCCUCCACCGCCACCCCAUGGUCUCCAGUUGCCUCCUGGUGUGCCGCCACCUCAGUUUCCACCACAGUUCCCACCUGGACAGCCUCCUGCUGCUGGCUACAACGUUCCGCCCCCAGGCUUCCCAUCAGCACCUUCUACAGUGUCUGCCCCCUGGGUCAAUCCAGCAGUUCAGGCAGCACAUGCAAAUGCUAUCCCAUCACAGUCCCUGGCUCCGCCUCUAUCUAAAGAAGAGUUCUAUAGAGAACAGAGACGACUAAAGGAGGAAGAGAAGAAGAAAUCAAAACUUGAAGAAUUUGCAAAUGAUUUUGCGAAAGAACUGCUGGAAUACAAGAAAAUUCAAAAAGAGCGGAAGCGUUCCUACUCCAGGUCCAAAUCUCCUUACUCUGGAUCAUCGUACUCUAAAAGUUCCUAUUCUUACUCUAAGUCAAGAUCUGGCUCUUCUAGGUCACGUUCUUAUUCUCGGUCUUUCAGUCGAUCCCGCUCUCGAUCUUUUUCAAGAUCUCCAUCCUACCAGAGGAAAGCCCAUGGAAAAGGGCGUACUUACCGUUCCAGGUCGCGGUCUCAUGGGUAUCCUCGGUCCAGGUCAAGAUCACCAUAUAGGAGAUUCCACUCUCGAUCUAGAUCCCCACCAUAUAGACCACCUUCUCCUGCCAAUAAGAGACUACUUCAACAAAUUGAAGGGGAACGAGAUUACGCUAAUCGGUAUCGGGAAUUCCCACCUUAUGAUGUUAAAGCUAUGUAUGGUCGACAGCCUGAUCUUAGAGAUGCUUAUGACAAGGAAGUAUAUAGAGAGUGGGAACGUAGUUACAGGGACUGGUAUGAAAAGUAUUAUAAAGUAGCUCCAAUGAAUGCUAUUCCAAGACAGAGGUCACCUAUCGGUAGGGAAAACUUCCCUGACAACAGAUUUCUCCUUCCACCUCAGAAUCGGAGAGAUCACUCGCCUUAUAAUCGAGGCCAUAGAGACAAUUAUCCUCCACCUUUACUACCCCGGCUGCGCCCUAUUGGUGGUGGUGGUGGUUAUCAGGAAAAGCUGCUACCACGUGAUACACAUGUGAUGAAGGAACCUAGAAAAUCAAAAGAAAGAGAGCCUUUUAUCCAAUCUGGUGAUUCACGGGGAAACAAACACAAAAAACACCGCAAGAGACGGAAAGAUGAAAGUGAAGGUAUUUCCAAGACUGCAACUGAAGGAUCUAGAAAACACAGACCCCCGCAUGGGGAUGACGGUAAAAGAAAUGAACACGUGUAUGCGCCCACCAGCAAAGAUGAUGCCACUCCAGUUAGAGAUGAGCCCAUGGAUGCAGAGUCCAUUGCUCUUAAGCCUCUCUCUGACAAGGACAAACGGGAAAAACCAAGAGUGAAAGUCGAUAAGACAAAACGUAGAGCAGAUGUAAACCAGCCCAAGAAAGAAACUUCUUCCAAGGUAGUCAAGGUUGAAAAAACAGGAGAUGGAGAGAAAGUUAAACCAGCGAGUAUUGAGUCGCCAGUAAAGAAGAUCAAAGAGGAAUCUCAGAAGAACGAAAAUUCGAAACACAUCACAAGUCAAAAAGACGAUAAAACCAUGUUGCCUCGUAAAGUCCAUCUUAAGGUAAUAAAAGACAGUCAGGAAAAUAAACAGCCUAAAGAUGAAAAGAAUAAGAAGGACCACACAAAAGACCCAAAGUUGGAGAAGCCACCCGUUAAGGAAGAAAAGCCCAAAAAAGUUGCAGAAAAGCCCAAAACAGCAGAGUCCAAACCUGAAAAACGCAAAAGAAAAAACGAUGACAAAUCUACAGAAAAGGAACCAGAAAAAGCUGCUAAGAAUGCAAAAGUGGAGACCACAGAGGCUCCAAAACCUGCUCCCCCUAAGCUGAAAUCUGAGGCAGAGAUUGUCAAACCCGAGAAGAUUCCUGAGAAAGAAAAAACUACCACAUCGACAACAACGGCUGUAAAAAAGAUUAAACUCAACCGGGAGACUGGAAAGAAAAUAGCAAAUGCUGAAACGGUUGGUGGAACAGAAGAAGCACAAGACAAAACUGAGCCAGCGCCCCCUGCCAAACCAAAGACGGAACGUGUGAAGGGAAAAGUAAGGAAGAAGAUUCCUGCUCCUGAUGGAUCUGGGUCCACCUUGGUUGACUAUACCAGCACAAGCUCCACAGGAGGAAGUCCUGUCCGGAAAGCAGAAGAGAAACAAGACACUAAAAGAACGGUUAUAAAGACCCUGGAAGAGUAUAACAAUGAUAGUACGGCACUUCCAGAAGAUGUCAUCAUAAUGAUUCAGGUUCCACAGUCAAAAUGGGACAAGGAUGAAUUUGAGUCUGAUGAUGAUGAGUCUAAAGAGACACGGGGAACAUCCAAUACUGGAAAGCCUGUGAGUGUUGUAUCCAAACCAGCAUCUACUGUCAUUCUGCCAGAAAAAGACACUAUUUCUUCAGAUAAGCCCAAGCAGGGAAGUGAUGGUACACCUCAAGAUCCCAGAUCCACCAAGGAAACCUCUGUUUCGCAGACCAAGAACAGAUCGAAAGAUAAAGAUAGCCCUGCAACUGAAAAGGAACCUUCUGAUAAAAGAAAAGGAAGUUCCCAAAAUGAUAGCAGUUCUGACCGCAACCCUCAGUCCUCGAAAGAUCGGUCAUCUGAAAAACAGGAAACGGGACAUGGCAGCGCCAGCAAAGACUUCACUCCCACUCGUGACAAGAAAUCUGAACAUGGGGACAGCAAAGACAGAAAACAAGAAUAUGAGAGCAGAGAGAGGGAGAAGAAAGAACACGAGCGAGACCGAAAGGCUGAACACGACAGUAGAGACAAAGACAAAAAGAACGAGCAAGACAAGCGACAAGACCAUGAUUCCCGGGACAGGAAGGCAGAACAUGACAGCAAGGAUCGGGAAAGGAGGCAAGAACAUGACAGCAAAGAACGGGAUAGGAAACAAGAGCAUGAAAGCAGAGAGAGAGAAAGAAGACCUGAGCACGAUAGCAAAGUAAAAGAAAAGAAGCCAGACAAUGAGAGCAAGGAAAAAAAGUCUGAUUAUGAUAGUCGGGAGCACAGCAGCUCCCGGAAAAAAGAUGAGCGGAGAAAGGAAUCUCCUCUCAGGAACAAAGAUUCAUCAUCCAGCUCCCAAAAAGUAAGACCGAGAGAUGACUCUAGAGAACCUAAGAAAGCUCCAAGAGAUUCUAAGAGUGGCAGCCACAGUCCCGGUCUAGAGCGCAAGUCAAGGGCCGAACAAAAAUCAUCGGACUCUAAGCGGCAAACCAGUAAUGAUCAUGCGUCAUCCGAUAGAAGUAGUGAAAGAGGGAAAGAGAAAUUGCCAUCUAAAUCUAAACUUUCAGAAGACACAAGUGAUAAAAGGUCAUCGCAUUCUAAACGUUCCUCGCCAGGGCUAAAAACAGACAAGGAACCAUCUGAGAAGGACUCUGUGAAGACCAAGGUUCCUCAAAGCCGUUCAACACGGCUCUCCACGGACUUAACCAGAGAGACUGAUGAAGCCGCAUUUGUGCCUGAUUAUAAUGAAAGUGAUAGCGAGGCCUCUGUCAAACAAGAUGACUCUCAGGAAUCCAAAAACAAGGACGAUGACCACAUGGAUGCUACCGAUAUCGCUAGUAGUAACUUGCCUGCCACAGGCCAAAGCAGUCCAGCCGGCAGCCGUAGCCACAGCCCGGGCGAUUCUGGCAGCCGCAGCAGCAGUGUUAGCUCCACAGGCAGCCCAGACAGAAAAAAACGGAAGAAGGAGAAGAAGAAACACAAGAAGCAUAAGAAACACAAGAAACAUAAGAAGCACACAGGCAACGAAUCAGAGACUGAGAAGGGCCAGAAACACAAACACAAAAAAAAGAAAUCCAAGAAAAGUAAAGACAAAGAGACUGAGAAGGAGGAGGCCAAAGCCAAACCUCCGGCCACCAUGUAACGUGCGACGGGGCAAAGGGCUCGCCCUCCCAUCUCCUGGAUGCAUUUGUAUUUUCCAUGUAAUGUAAAGCAAUCUUACUGUGUAAAUAACGGAAAACUGUGCCACACCUAAUAUAUUGAUUCUUCAACUUUUACAUCAGAGCUUUAUAAAGGAAAUAUUUGUACAGAAACCUUUGUGUUGUGACCACAUUGCAAAUACUUUUGUUUCUUUUUAAUUUAUCUACUAGGCCUUUAGCCGUGGAUUAGAAUGGAAACGUAGGGUACUGCGAGUUAGGGCCAUAGAUAGGGCAGACUGUGCCAACGUAGCCUGAGCGGCAAUAUUUGUGACGCCACAGUUGUUUGGAAUUUACCCGACCCCCUCUUAUACCACUUGCCUGCCAUGGCAAACAACUAUAGGCACUAGUUUCCUGAAUGCUGCCUAAAUCGUAUGGUAAUACAGUUUAUUAGGAAGCAAGGACUACUCUCAGUUCCAAUGUCUGAGCCUAAACCAGUGUUUCCCAACCAGGGUGCCUCCAGC